AUUUGCGCCAACAGACAAAUUUAGUGGCAGCAUCAUGGCUUCUUCCACUCCAAAAUCAAGACUUGAAAAUAAGGUUGCUAUUGUUACCGGUGGAGCUCAUGGCAUUGGAGAAUGUAUUGUGAGGUCUUUCGUAAAGCAUGGAGCGAAAGUGGUUAUUAUUGAUGUCAAAGAUGACUUGGGAGAAUUGAUUUGCCAAGAAUUGGGUACUGAGUUAGUGUCUUUCGUUCACUGCGACGUAACCCUUGAAUCAGAUGUAGAGAAUGCCAUCAACACCACCAUCGCUAGGCAUGGACAACUCGACAUCAUGGUUAACAAUGCAGGGAUUAUUGAUGAGCCAAAACUUAGCAUUUUAGACAAUAGCCUUAUAGAUUUUGAACGUGUUAUUAGUGUCAAUCUAACCGGAGUGUUCUUGGGAACCAAACAUGCAGCACGAGUGAUGAUCCCAAAAUGCAGCGGAAACAUCAUCACGACUGCAAGUGUAGCUUCCGUCACGGGUGGGUGUACAACUCAUGCUUAUACAAGUUCAAAGCAUGGUGUGGUUGGACUAGCAAAGAAUGUUGCCGUAGAACUAGGGAAGUAUCAAAUUCGUGUUAAUUGCAUAUCACCCUAUUUUAUCCCAACUCCAAUAGCACUUAAAUUCUGUAACUUGGAUGAAAACUCAAGUGUUUUCUCAAACCUUAAGGACAAGAAGCUUGGAGCACAAGAUAUUGCAAAUGCAGCUCUUUUUCUAGCAAGUGAUGAGUCUGGGUAUAUAAGUGGACAUAACUUGGUUGUAGAUGGUGGUUACUCUGUUAUUAAUCCCGCAUUUGGUUUGUUCUCAUGGACAGGAUAGAUUCCUAGAUCAUUAC